CCUCAAAAAAAUGGGAACCCAAGGAAGAUCACGAGAACCCAUCGCGGACAACAUCGUCGACGACAUCGGCUUCGCCUUCAGCACGGGCGCGGUUGGCGGCUCCGCCUUCCACUUCAUCAAAGGCCUCUGCAACUCCCCCGGAGGCCACCGCCUCGCCGGCGCCUGCCAGGCCGUCCGCAUGAACGCCCCACGCGUCGGCGGGAGCUUCGCCGUGUGGGGCGGCCUCUUCUCCGCCUUCGGCUGCACCCUGGACUACGCCCGUCAGAGGGAGGACCCGUGGAACUCCAUCGCCGGCGCCGGCGCCGCCACCCGCUCCGCCCUCGCCGGCGGCGUGCUUGUUGCUUUAAUGGAAGGAAGUAUGAUUAGGCUUACUAGUGCAUAG